AUGCGUACGAACACCCGGGAAGACCUUCCCAGAGCCUCACACCCAGCUUCCUUGAGCACGAUGUCUGUCAACAGCUUAAUACCGUCCGAAUUCCCCUUCAAGAAUUUCUCAUCCUGGCCUCAGUUUUCCUAUGCCCUAGAAAACUUGGCCAUCUCUAUCGCGACAAUCAUCUCUGCUCUUGCCGAUUGUAUCUUGACUCUCUAUCUGUGGAUUCCUCUCGGCUUGACGCGCAGCUUGAUCCAGAAUGUCCUCGAGCCCUUGCUUUGGUUUCUCACUUCACAGCCCAAUCCUGGCCCUGAGGCUCAGAUAAUAGUACCCAGGGUGGUCGUCAUAUCCGGUGCCAGCUCGGGGAUCGGUGCCAGUCUGGUGAAGCGAUACGCAGGGCCCGACAGUAUCCUCGUCCUCUUGGCGAGGAACCCGGCCAGAUUGAACCAGGUCGCAAAGAUGGCCCGAACCGCUGGAUGCAAGGCCGUCGAAACUCACUCGAUCGAUUACGCCCACGACGAUGCCGAGAAGUCGAUCAAGCAAGUCAUCCAGGCCGCGCACCAAAAGUAUGGCUCCAUCGACCUCGCUAUCAGUAACGCCGGCACGGCCACUUUCACCGAUGACAACCCACAUGGACCAGAGCCUUGGGGUGAAAAGGCCGCACAGAGAAUCACGAAAAUCAACGUGUCUUCGACCUACGCGUUUAUCAUGUGCGCUUGGGAGCUGAUGAAGAAGCAACGCUCGGGGAAUAUCUGUAUCAUCUCGUCGAUAGUAGCCUUUGCGGGCCCGCCGGAAUUUGCAGCAUAUGCGGCGACGAAGGCGAACCUGAUGGCGUUCUCGCAAUCUCUUCGAGCACUCUCUACGCCAUACGGGAUCCGAGUGAGCUGCAUCUGUCCCGGGUUCAUCGAGUCGGGUAUGAGCGGCGACUUGCUGGCCGCGGGCUCGUCGGUUCCUGGAUUCCUGCUUGCGGACUCGGACGAUAUGGCCCAGCGGAUCAAGCAGGCCGUCGACGGGGAACAGGCCGGCGUCGUCUGGCCGAUCAGCCACGGUCUACCCCUCAUCAUGGCCAGUCGAUUGAAUUGGCUCAACGGAGACCUGUCCCGUUGGGUCAUGAGCAAAAUGGGCGUCGCCGGCCAGAUGGUUUCCUAA